CUGCUUGUCAAGAUCUGCUCCUGUAGCCUCCUGUGUCUCGUCUUCCUUGAUUGAACUCACUCGCCUUUCAUUACCUUAUUCACGUUUCCCUGACUAUCCUCAUGUAUUGAAACCCUCUGUUUGUGCUGGCCUGUCAGAUCUUGUCUUCCCGUCAUGUCACCUGCCAUUAUUCUAAUAAAUCAGUUUUUCUUACCGGCAGCCUGUGCCUGCAUUUGGGCUCUAACAAUAACUUCACAUCAUGACAUUAACAAUGCACUAGGAACGUUAAUAAACGUUAUAAAUUGUUACCAUUAACUCUACGUAAAAACCAACAUCAAGUUAGCUCAAUGUAGCUAGCUAGCAUGUUUAGCUAACACCCAGGUACAAUUUACAUUUCAUGUUUGAAAAUCACUGAGUGGAUUUUGUUUUCCUCAAUAAAAAGAUUAAAUUAACCGUUCUCAGUGCGUUGUUACCUACAGCUACAGGCGUCCUUGUCUAAAUGAGAUACUAGGAUUUUUUUAGAUGGAAAGAUUGUUCUUGUCCAAAUAAGUGAGUUGAGCUGAAUUAUGUUGCACAUUUUGAGAGUUUGUUGGGCUAAUUUAGCAUUAGUUUGUUAAUGAUAAAUUAAUUCAUUAUUUUGAUUAGAGUUCCUGGUUUAGUAUCGUAUUCUAAGCGAACUGUUCCUUGGCUAAUGCUUGUCUGCUGAUAGCUUGCACAUCAUCGUUCUCACAGCAGGUGCAAGCAUUCAGAUGAUUCUAUGAUUUUACGAGUUUCACGUGUUAAUCGUCCCCUGCACCAAACACCAAAGACAAAUCCUCAUGAGUGCAACUGACAUGGUAACGAUUGUGAUUCCGAUUCUUCUGAUUCCUUAAAGAUAAAGAAGAUAUGGGUUUUCAGGUCAGAUUUUCUGAAUAUUUUCAUCAGCAACUUCCUCCGGUUUUAAUGUAAAAAUGAAAAUGAUAUAAAAGCGCUGGAUGCUUUUCUUUAGGAGCAGCAAAGGGUAUGUGUUACCACUACAGGAAGAAGUAAUGGAGUAAGAAACAGUUUGGGCCUGUACUCUCUAGUGUAGAUUGGAGACUUUAAGGUACAUUUAUGUUUCUAAGUUGUAAAAAGUACACAUAUGUACUAAUUAUUCUAUAUCUCAAUGUGCUAUGUCAGGUAACUGUAUGUCUGUGGGCAAAAAACAAACAAACUGUAAAUUCUGGUAAUCUUGAAAGAAACAAGCAAUGAAAAACAAUUGUUCAUUUUGUCUAUUAAUUGUGUACAUGCAUACUGACACAUUUAGCAGGGCAGAGGUAUAUUUGUGUACAAGUAAUUUAGAUGUAGGACCAGCAGAGGUUACACUGUUGAGCUCAAACAAUGAAAAGGAUCCAAACAGUACCCACAGCUUAGGACAAUGUAUUUGAAGCUUGUGCACCCCUAAAGGUUUUCCUGUGAGAGUACAUCUAAUCAGUAAUCUUUAGCAAGUACAAACCCACAACAAAGAACUGCUGCAGAGACAAAAUUCAGCAUUCUAGAAAAGCAACGGAGGCCUCACAAACUCUCCGAGGGACGCUAAUGGCUCCAGCAUUUUGGGCAUGCUUGAUCUAAGGCUCCUUCCUGCAUAAAAAUCAUUCACUUUGUAAAAAAUACAAUAAAUAUAAACCAAGUGCAGCCAAUCAGUGGUAAGAUUAAAGAGUGUCGUCUGCAGAGAGGUGAGUUUCGAGUUUGGUCUUUCCAUCUCGUGCAUGAGCAGCUGACUGGUGCAGCUGGUAGUCACUGGUGUGGUCACUGUGUUUACUUUGUGGUUAGGGAAUCCCAAAGCAGUUUUAAACCCCUGAAACCCAGACAUUAGUCAGUAUCCGGCCCCAUACACACUACGACCCAUGAUGAUCCUAGCCAUCAUGUUGUUUACUCUCACAGUUGUUCACAGGAAAUGGGGAAACGUCUGCUUUCAUGGUUUUACUCACACACCUGUUAACUAGAAAAACAACCCAACUGCAGGCCCUAGUUGUCAUGGUGACGACAUAACGGCAAUGCCAGGAUGCUGAUCUGACAUUUUUAUGUUGCUGUGCUGAAACCCAAACAUGACAGCCUCCCAUGUUAGCAGGAAACCAGAGUCAUCUCUGUUAAACUGGAACAAAAGCCGAAGCCUUCAUGUGUUUCAGAUGCAGUUUGCCUGCAGCCAUGUUGUCUGUAACUGGAGAUCAGAUGGAGCAGGUGGAUCUGUCUGCAGGCCUGAAUAUGAGAACAUAGUGGGUGUAAAACAGCAGCAAGGUCAACUCCCUCCGCCGCUGCCUCCUCGCCAUCUGAGAAAACCUCGGCCUUCUUCUCUUCCCCUUGAUCUCAUUCAUUCCACUCAGCCUUCACACGCCCCUCUCUCACUCUCACCGCCUGUUCCUCCCAGACUUGACUUAUUAGGAGACGUAAUUCGCUCUAAUGUCAACGUUAAUGUUGUCUCCCUCGAUGUUGGGAAACUAGUUGACAUCAGCCAAGAAAAAGGUCUACCGAACUCCCAGAGCGCGGUGAUUUGUGAGAAAUGUAGUGCAGCGUUGUCAUGUCUGAGUUCUGUACAUGAAAAAGUGUGGGUUUGUGAGUUCUGUGGAUGCAAAACAGGUGUAGAUGAAGGCGUCUCCAGACUGUGCAUUGGUCAGCGUGCAGGCGUGCACAGCGACGACCUUUACUUGCCAAAAUUAAGCGACAACGAUUACCAGAACUUGGAGGACACGCUGGUCGUCUUCUGUGUGGACAUUUCUGGUAGCAUGUGUGUCACAACGGAAGUCACACCCGAGAGCGGAGCUUCUGUCCACAUAUCCAGGUUAGAGGGUAUCCAGGAUGCUCUUCAGAAAACACUCACCUCCAUGCUGCAGCAUACCCCCCACAGGAGGGUGGCCCUCGUCACCUUUAAUGAUGAGGUUGUGAUAUACGGUGAUGGUACUCGUACUCCUCUGACCCUCAGGGACUGGGCGCUGCUGGACUACGAUCACAUCUGGCAACAAGCGACGGCUUACAGGAUCCCUCACUGCAUCGCUGAGACACACCACCAUCUGAUCCAGAGAGUCAAAGAGCUCAUGGAACACGGAGCUACAGCUCUCGGCUCGGCGGCGUUAGCCGCUGUUGCUAUGGCGUCCAGGUACCCCGGGUCAAAGGUCGUGUUGUGCACUGAUGGCAGAGCCAACAUCGGACUGGGUGACUUGGAGCAGCCCCCCCACCCCUCCUCACCUGCUCAGACUCCAUUCUUCUACAGGCAGCUGGCUCUGCAGGCCGUGGAGAAAGGGGUCAUAAUAUCAGUGAUGACUUUUAAAGGAACAGAUUGUUGCUUGGCAGACAUCGGGAGGCUGGCUGAUGCCACUGGAGGAAGGGUGAACAUCGUCAGCCUGGGUACCAUGGCGACAGAGAUCCAGUCCAUCUCUAUGGACAAUGUCCUAGCAACAAGCGUCAAGGCUACGCUGCUAGCUCCUGAUGGAGUGUAUUUUCCGUAUGCAACUGAAAGCAACAAGCUGGUGAGAGAAAUAGGAAACGUAACAAGAGGCCUGGAGAUCACCUUCCAGUUCGCCGUGAAGCCAGAUGUUAUAGAAGUUUUCCUCCAGAAGAACACACUUCCAUUUCAACUGCAGCUGAACUUCAAGACCAGAGAUCAGCAAAGAGUCACUCGUGUCCUCACUGAACAGCGACCUGUGACUACCACCAGUCGUAUUCUUGUGGGAAAACUCAACAUGGCGGUGCUUGAUGCUCACUGUGCUCAGCUCUGUGCCAGUUUAACCAUGGAAGGUCGAGUACAGGAAGCACAGAAUCAACUGCAGGCACAACAAGACCUGCUGAAACAAGUCAGUAAACUAAGGCCUAUUCAAAAGCAAGAGAACAUCUAUGGAAACUGGAUGGAAACCAUGACGACCAUCUGUGAUGACAUCACAACAGGCUCUCAGCAUGUUCUGUCCGACGAAGCGGCCGAGGUGGUCUACCUCAUGAGGAGAGCCAGCAGCAUCAGCAACAAGUAUGCAAAGGUUCAGAAGAAGAACUUGAGACAGAAAAAGGCUUUGGGGGAAGUGUGAGCUGAAGAUCCACAUCUUUUUUUUCUUUUCUUUUGUGCUUCAGAUUUGUGGUGUAAGUGAGAUUUGAAAUAGAAAAUGUAUCAUUGAGAUGAUUGUAACUAACCUCCCACCAAGAACACC